CUGCCCCCAGCCCCUCUGCUUUGGGAGCCCCAGGCCCGCUGCCCCCUGGCCUCCCCCAGUGUCCGAUGCUCCAGCCGCCCUGCACGGCCACCCCCAGCCCCGCUGUGCGGUCCUGCUGGGCUGUGCCCCCCAGCCCCGCUGCCCCCCGAGAGCCCCCCGUGCCCCCCAGCCCCCGGUCCCCCCUCCUGGCUCCCACGCAGGGCCGGGCUCUGGAUGCGCCGUGGCUGAUUCAUCCCGCUCCAGCCCCCCCCGGCGCCGCCAGCUGCCAAAAAUAGCGCUGCGGGAGGGGGGGGACCCUCCACAUCACCUCCCGCCCCCCCGCCUCACCGGCGGCAGGCCGGGAUGGCGGCCACGGGCCGCUGUCCCCGACAGCCCCAUCCCCGGGGCCGCGGGAACCGGGACCGGGACCCCACGCUCCGGUGGCCACGUGAGCGAGUGCCACCCCCGUCCCUGCCCCCCGUCCCGCCAGCCCGGCCAUGCCCAGCGCCUCGGUGCCACCGGGGGGGCUCCCCAUGAUCCCCGCCGAGGGCUCGGCGCUGCUGCGCGCCGUCUCCCAAGGGAAAUUCCGCCUGACCCGCCUGCUGCUGGAAGGGGGAGCCUACAUCAACGAAGGCAACGCCGCGGGCACCACGCCGCUGAUGGCAGCGUGCCGGGCCGGUUACACCGAGCCUCCCGAGCAGCCGCGGAUGGUGCAGUACCUCCUGGAGAACGGCGCCGACCCCAACAUCCCCGACAAAACCGGCAAAACGGCGCUGAUGCACGCCUGCACCGAGCGAGCCGGCCCGGCGGUGGUCUCCACCUUGCUGGCCCACGGGGCAGACCCCAGCGCCCGCGAUUACACCGGGGGCUCGGCGCUGCUCUACGCCUUGGAGAGCGGCGACCGGGACACGCUGCAGGUGCUGCUGGACGCGUGUCGGGAGCGCGGGCGCGAUGUCAUCAUCAUCACCUCGGCCACGUCGCCCCGAGGCACCAAAACCACCCGGCAGUACCUGAACUCGCCCCCGUCGCCCGCUCCGUGCGCGUCCCCCUCGCAGGUGCAGGUGCGGGCGGCGGCGUCACCGGGGGCCGGCGGGAGGGACGAGGAGCGCGAUGUGUUCCGCUUCCCGCCCGCCAACCCCGCUCCGGAACCUUCCCGGGCCGGGCCCAAGCGGCAGCUGAAGAGGCUGAACUCGGAGCCCUGGGGGCUGGCGGUGGAGGGGACGCGGGGACACUCGGAGGGCACCCAGGGACCCGCAGAGGGAGCACGGAGAGCCUUAGAUGAGCUAUGGGGACCCGCGGAGGGCACACGGAGACCCUUGGAGGGGACACGGGGCCCCUCGGAAGGGUCGUGGGGGUGUCCCGAGAGCUCCCUGGAAGGGACAUCGCUCCCCCCGGAGCGGCUGGCGGCGGGGCUGGAGGGGCUGCGGUUGCGGCCGCGCCGCCACAGCGUGGAGGGACGCGAGGUCUCGGGGCUGCCCGGAGCCACCUGGGCAGAACGGGUGCCCCCGGUGCCCGCCGCGGGUCGUUGGGUCCCUCCUGAUCCUCCACGGGGCAAAGCCCAGCGGCGGGACCCUGAGCUCGCCACCCCUCCCGGGCCGCUGCGGCACACGGCCGGGCUACCGGAGCGCCGCGGCUCCGGGACGCUCCCACCGGAGCCGGGCAGGGCCGGGCUGCUGCCGCCGCUGCCGCCCCGAGCGCUGCUCCGCCGGCACUCCAUGCAGCCCGAGGCUCUGCGGCACCUCGGAGCCUUCUGCGGGGGGCUGGCUCCCGAGCCUGGCUCUUAGGGACCCCCCAGUCCCACCCAAAUCCCACCCAAAUCCCCCAUCCCCAAAGCCAGGAUGCUCUGAACCCCGCUGAGGUUCCAUCCCUUUGUCAUCGACUCUGCACCAGCCCAAAUUCUGGUGCACCCCAACUCCCAGGGCCUCCCCUCGGUAUCCUCGUCCUGCUCCUGCCUCAUCCUCCCAGCAGCUUUUUCCCCACCAGGGUCUGGAAUUAAAGGUGUCAGUGUGGGGGGUGGUGGGCACAUCUGUGGGUUUGGGGGGCACAGCUGGACGCUGGCACAUCUGGGAUCCCCCCAAGCUCAGCAGUCAGUUUUAAGGAGUAAAAAAAAUAUAUAUUUUCCAAGAGCUGAGUUGUUCUAGUGCCAGGCUGGGGAUCCUCAGGGAUCCAGCAGCCUGGAUGGGGAGGGAUUUUAGGGAAAUUUUAGGGAGCUUUAAUGAAGGGUGAAGAACCAAGAAGACAAACUUAGACAAAAUCUUGUUAUUUAACACAAAACAAGGAAUUUCCAGGUGGGAUAAAUACCAUGGGAGAUUUAGGUUUGCCUAGGGCAUGGAAAAAAAACAACUCUGGGAUGUUCUGGGAUGGGGGGCAGGGAGGGAUCCCCCAAAACCGUGGGAAAUUCCCCCCCCAACCCUCAGAAACUGCUGCUUCCCUCAUACUUGUCCUUUGAAAACAAUAAAAUUCCAUAAAACCCGAA